AAGGAGGGGGGUGUUUGACUCCUGUCUCCCCACCCCCAGCUCGUACGAGGCGGAUUUGGGAAGAAAGAAAUCCAAACCUGCGACGCUGAGAUAACGUGAGAUCCACAUUUGGAGACGCGCGCGCGGAUUAUUAUUAAAGGAUGUUAUUUUUUUUUUCUUUUUCUUUUUCUGAAGAGAUUCUGACUCGGAGCGUCUGAUCUCCGUGAAAGGAAAGGAAUACAAACAGCACGGAGAAUAGCAGAAGUAUUUUUAACUUGCUCCCAUCGUUAACAAGUGACUCUGUGGCGCACAGGAACGUGGAAUAUAGCGGCUUUUUUUUUUUUCUCCAAACGGGGAUGGAGCGUUACUUUUUCUCUCUGAGGGAUCUGAAGUGAGCAGCCACACAGAAUACGGGCUUUAGAAACCGUUCUCUGUUAACCAACCGGGGGGUAGUGGCAGAAAUACUUUUCUCACGGAGCUGAAGCGCAAAGCAGACCUGCGUGAAGACCUUGAACUCCCCGGCACAAUCGGGGCCUCGGCUCACCAGCCAGGUCAUCGAUCGGUCCCACCCUGCCUUCCCCUGCCCCACCCUACCCUGCUGCAGCCAAGAUGGCCGACAGUGACGCUCAUCGUCUCUCCUUGCCACUCCUGCUGCAUGUGACCUCUCUGCUGCUAUCGCUGCUGCUCACCUGCUCCCAGGCCCUUUCACAACCACGGUUCACUAAAGUUCCUGUUGACCAGAUUGGCGUCUCGGGGGGCGUGGUCACCUUUGUCUGUCAGGCGAUGGGCGACCCCAAGCCGAGGGUUAGUUGGAACAAGAAAGGGAAAAAGGUGAACUCUCAGCGUAUAGAGACUAUUGAGUUUGAUGAGGGUGCCGGCGCUGUACUCAGAAUCCAGCCACUCCGUGCCCCGCGUGACGAGAACAUCUACGAAUGCGUAGCUGAGAACAGCGAGGGCGAGAUCACCGUCAACGCCAAGCUGUCCAUCAUCAGAGAGGACCUUCUCCCACCAGGCUUCCCUAACAUUGACAUGGGACCUCAGCUUAAAGUGGUGGAGCGCACUCGAACAGCCACCAUGCUUUGUGCUGCCAGUGGCAACCCUGACCCAGAAAUCACUUGGUACAAAGACUUUCUGCCCAUAGAUCCCAGUGCAAGUAAUGGACGGAUUAAACAGCUACGAUCAGGUGCCUUGCAGAUUGAGAACAGCGAGGAGACAGACCAAGGGAAGUACGAGUGCGUGGCGUCUAACGUGGAAGGCGUGCGCUACUCGUCCCCCGCUAACCUUUACGUGCGAGAGCUUCGAGAAGUUCGGCGGGUGCCUCCUCGCUUCUCCAUUCCACCAACGAGUCAAGAAAUAAUGCCAGGUGGCAGUGUGAACAUAACAUGCGUGGCAGUGGGGUCACCCAUGCCUUAUGUCAAGUGGAUGCUGAACGCCGAGGAUCUGACACCAGAGGAUGAGAUGCCAGUUGGCAGAAACGUUCUUGAACUGAAUAGCGUCCGUGAGUCAGCCAACUAUACCUGUGUGGCUAUGAGCAGCCUUGGCAUCAUUGAAGCUGUGGCACAGAUCACUGUCAAAUCUCUCCCCAAGCCUCCAGGUACCCCUGUGGUUACUGAAACUACAGCAACCAGUGUGACUAUUACCUGGGACUCAGGAAACCCAGACCCAGUAACAAAUUACAUCAUACAGUAUAGGGCCAAGUCUCCAGACAGCAAGUAUGAGACUGUGGAAGAUAUCACCACUACACGUUACAGCAUAGGUGGUCUCUAUCCAAACACAGAAUAUGAAAUCCGUGUGUCAGCCGUCAACACAAUUGGACAGGGUCCUCCCAGUGAGCCAGUUGAAACCCGUACUGGUGAGCAAGCUCCUGCAAGUCCACCAAGAAACAUUAGAGCUCAGAUUCUUCCUCAGAACACAAUGAUGGUGCAGUGGGAAGAGCCUGAGGAGCCCAAUGGGCAGAUCAAGGGCUAUCGAGUUUAUUAUACCAUGGAUGACUCGCAGCCUAUGAGUCUCUGGCAGAUCCAUAAUGUCCAGGACAGCAUCAUCACCACUAUCCGGAGCCUAGUUCCUGAAGAAACGUACACAAUCAAAGUUCUUGCGUUCACCUCUGUUGGCGAUGGACCUUUCUCAGAACCCAUUCAUGUGAAAGUACUCCAAGGAGUUCCAGGUCAACCAUCCAAAUUCAAGGUUGGUGCUGUGUCAGACACCAGCAUUGAAUUGACUUGGGAUCCUGCUUAUGAGAAAGAAGGAAUUUUACGUUACGAACUUCGCUAUUCAGAAAGCAAUUUUGGCACCCAGAUGAAAAAGACAUUCGGACCCACUAGAUCAUAUGUUGUGGAAGGCCUUCGCCCCAACACAGAAUAUCGCUUCUCUCUGGCAGCUGUUUCUAACAAAGGCAUCGGAGCGUUCACAAAUGAAAUUUCAGAGAAGACCUUGCAAGCCAAGCCCUCAUCUCCCCCUCAAGAAGUUAAGUGCAGCAGCUCCAGCUCCACCUGCCUUUUGGUAAGUUGGCAACCCCCACCUCUGAAGAGUCAGAACGGUGACCUGACAGGGUACAGGGUGCACUACCAGGCAGUGGGCUCGUCAGAAGGGACCGGUGAUGACACAGAGCCCAUGGAGGAACUAAUGGUCUCUUCAGCUGAAGAGCAGGUGCCGCUGGAACGUCUAAAGAAAUGGACUCAGUACCGCAUCACUGUGUCUGCCUCAACUGCGGUUGGGCUGGGCCCAGAGAGUGAACCCUUGAUCUGUCGAACAGAUGAAGAUGUUCCUGGAGCAUCACCGAGACGGGUUGAGGUGGAAGUCCUCAACUCCACAGCACUUAAGGUGAUGUGGCGUUCGGUGACACCAGGCAAGCAAAACGGUCAGAUCCGUGGCUACCAGGUUCACUAUGUGCACGUGGAAAAUGGCGAGUCACGGGGCCACCCCUUCAUUAAGGACUUGAUGCUGGCUGAUGCCCAGUGGGAAACGGACGAUACAGCUGAAUAUGAAAUGGUCAUUGAAGGACUCAAGCCAGACACUACUUACUCCAUCACGGUGGCAGCAUACACCACCAAGGGGGAUGGAACUCGAAGCAAGCCCAAACUGGUGGUGACCAAAGGAGCAGUGCCUGGUCCCCCUUAUCUGUCAGUGAUUCACGACUCGAAGGCAUCAGCUGUUGUUCACUGGGACCCUCCAGACCUGACCAAUGGAAUGGACCUCCAGGGAUACCGGCUACAGUUUGGUCGAAAAGAUGUCUCACCUUUGGCCACACUGGAAUUUGCUCCCCAAGAACGAAAGUAUUCUGUUGGCAACAUUCAUCUGGGUGCCACUUAUCUCUUUAAGAUCUCAGCCAAAAGCAGAGGGGGAUUUGGGGAAGAGGCUGUGGCAGAACUCGCUGUUCCAGAGAAUACCCCAGGAGGAUACCCUCAAAUUAAUGAGGACUCCAAUAUAACAUGCUGCUCAGUGCAGCUGUCAUGGUCUCCACCAGUGCUGGCAGAGAGGAAUGGGGUCAUCACAGAGUACACUUUGGCCUAUAAAGAAGCCGGCACCAGAGAAACACCACAGGAACUCCACUUACCUCCAAAUCUUUCCAGCUAUGUGCUCAACAGCCUCAAACCGAACUCUGCAUAUGAUGUGAAAAUACGUGCCCACACCAGUAUAGGUCCAGGGCCCUACAGCCCGCCUAUCCAGUAUCGGACGGUGGCCAUUGAUCCUGCAGAUGUUCCAAAGAAUUUCACUGUAAAGUGGGUCACCAAGACCACAGUAGUCCUUGCAUGGAAGUUUUCUGAAAGCAAAUCACCGUACAAAUGCACGAUUGAGUACAACAACCAGAAAAUGGAUGUGGAUGCUAGACAAUUGAAGGUGUUCAUCACAGGGCUAAGGCACAACACCACUUAUGAGUUCAGGGUGACCUGCCAAGAAAGUGUGGAUGGUAGGCCACGGCAUCGUGUGGUGACCAGGACGGCACCACUUUUCCUGGCCAAGAAACCCAAACUGGACAUUUAUGCUGAGCCUGAGAACAUACUUACUAUGUCCUUCCCACAAACCAACAACAAGGAUGUCAAAAAUUUUUAUGUAGUAGUGGUGCCUCUUAAAACAACGACAGGAACAGUUAAAAACCUGAAGAGCCCUGAUGAGAUGGACAUAGAGGAGCUUUUGCGGGAAGUGAUCCCAAAGAGACGUUCACGCCGUCAGCUGGCUCAGCUGGACCAGAGGAAUCCCUACAUAACAGCCUGCUUCAAGCAGCUGCCCCCCAGCUUCACAGUGGGGUCUGACCACCGCUUCAGCAGCUGUGAGAAUAAGGCUCUUGAACCUGGUCAGGAGUAUGUCUUCUUCCUGCUGGCUGAACUCAAUGCCACUGUGGGGAAAAUGUUUGCAACUAGCCCUUAUACCGACACAGUGAUGACUCCUGAGCUGGUUGUGGACCCUCUGCCAGUGGAAACUGGUGAUGGACUCAUAUGGGUGGUUGGCCCUGUCUUGGCUGUUGUCUUCAUCAUUGGCAUUGUCAUCUCCAUUCUCCUUUUGAAAAACAAACCAGACAGCCGCAAAAGGAAAGAGUCUGAGCCACGCACCAAAUGUCUGCUGAAUAAUGCAGAUAUUACACCCCACCACCCUACAGAUCCUGUGGAAAUGAGACGCAUCAACUUCCAAACUCCAGGUAUGAUGAAUCAUCCUCCUAUUCCUAUCUCGGAGCUGGCCGAGCACACCGAGCUUCUCAAAGCUAACGACAACCUCAAACUCUCCCAGGAAUAUGAGUCUAUUGAUCCGGGCCAGCAGUUCACCUGGGAGCACUCCAACCUGGAGGUGAACAAGCCCAAAAAUCGUUACGCCAACGUCAUCGCCUACGACCACUCCCGUGUCAUCCUGGCUCCUAUUGAUGGUAUAACAGGUAGUGACUACAUCAACGCCAACUACAUUGAUGGCUACAGGAAGCAAAAUGCCUACAUCGCCACCCAGGGUCCAUUACCAGAAACGUUUGGGGACUUCUGGAGGAUGGUGUGGGAACAGAGAACAGCAACUGUUGUCAUGAUGACCAGGCUGGAGGAGAAGUCACGGAUUAAGUGUGACCAGUACUGGCCCAGUCGUGGCACAGAAACCUACGGCAUGACGCAAGUGACCCUGCUGGACACCAUAGAGUUGGCCACUUUCUGUGUCCGCACUUUCUCCCUGCACAAGAACGGCUCGAGCGAGAAGCGGGAGGUUCGUCAGUUCCAGUUCACGGCGUGGCCUGACCACGGUGUGCCGGAGUACCCGACCCCAUUCCUAGCCUUCCUCCGGAGGGUGAAGACUUGUAACCCGCCUGAUGCCGGACCAAUCAUUGCUCAUUGCAGUGCUGGUGUUGGCCGAACAGGCUGCUUUAUAGUAAUCGACGCCAUGCUUGAGCGCAUCAAGCACGAGAAGACGGUGGACAUUUAUGGCCAUGUGACGCUGAUGCGCUCGCAGCGGAACUACAUGGUGCAGACAGAGGACCAGUACAGCUUCAUUCACGAUGCACUGCUGGAGGCGGUGGCCUGCGGGAACACUGAAGUGGCCGCCCGCAGCCUCUACUCCUACAUCCAGAAGCUGGCCCAGGUGGAGAGCGGCGAGCACGUCACUGGGAUGGAGCUAGAGUUCAAGCGUUUGGCCAACUCCAAAGCCCAUACAUCACGCUUCAUCAGUGCCAACCUUCCCUGCAACAAGUUUAAGAACCGGCUGGUCAACAUCAUGCCCUACGAGACCACACGUGUCUGCCUGCAGCCAAUCAGAGGCCUGGAAGGCUCCGAUUACAUCAAUGCCAGCUUCAUUGAUGGAUACAGGCAGCAGAAGGCUUACAUCGCCACACAAGGGCCUCUAGCAGAGACGACAGAAGACUUCUGGAGAAUGCUCUGGGAGAACAAUUCCACUAUUGUAGUCAUGUUGACCAAACUUAGAGAAAUGGGACGGGAAAAAUGUCACCAGUACUGGCCAGCAGAGCGCUCCGCCAGGUAUCAGUACUUUGUGGUGGAUCCUAUGGCUGAAUACAACAUGCCUCAGUACAUCCUCCGGGAGUUCAAGGUCACAGAUGCCAGAGAUGGCCAGUCCAGGACAGUAAGACAGUUCCAGUUCACUGACUGGCCAGAACAAGGUGUGCCCAAAUCCGGGGAGGGUUUCAUCGAUUUUAUUGGCCAGGUCCAUAAAACCAAGGAGCAGUUUGGACAGGAUGGGCCUAUCUCUGUCCACUGCAGUGCUGGAGUAGGGAGGACAGGAGUCUUCAUCACCCUCAGUAUCGUCUUGGAGAGAAUGCGCUACGAAGGUGUUGUUGAUAUCUUCCAAACAGUGAAGAUGCUCCGGACGCAAAGGCCAGCUAUGGUCCAGACUGAGGAUGAGUACCAAUUCUGCUAUCACGCAGCACUGGAGUACUUAGGAAGCUUUGAUCACUAUGCAACGUAAAAAGCCAUCUCUUCCCCCAGAAUCCUGUUGCCCCACCUUCGCCCAACUCAACAGUUUCCUGAGCCAUAGAAACUUUGAAAUCUGAAACAGCAGCUGGUAAUUCUGCCACUUCUCUAAUUCAGACGCGCCAAACAGGAUGCAGUAAAAAAAAAAAAUAAUUGUUAAAAACACCCAAAAACAAGCAGUUAAAGAUUAAUUCCAAUUGCAACAAAAAGGACAAUUUGCUCAUAACUUUAAUGAAUAAAGAUUUUCAGCAAGGAGUAACCAGAAGCUGUGGCUCAGUCUGUGGGGCGGGUCAUCGGUCCAAGUGUCAGACUGCUUACCUUACCUCAAGUGUUUUAAUGUGGAGGACGUUGUAAACAUUCGUGGACGUUUCUCUUUUCAAAAAUAUCUUUGUGAUACGGCAGUGAACAAGCAACAGGUAACGAAGGAAAAAGGAAGCAAAAAGCAAACAAAAAAAAUCAUCAAGAAGCAGAUGGAUGUAGCCAAGACUGGGAAAUAUGCUUGUUUUGGAUGUGAAGAAAAAAAAAAAAGUAUUUCUAACAACUAUUUUUUGUGAGUGUUAUUCAACAAAAUGGCCAAAUUGCAGCCACCUAUGUAAACACAACUGGCUUUGCCCCAAAUCAUCGACGGAACAAGAACGCUCACAUUUGGCAGUAAAAACAGCGACGUUCCACUUAUAUUAUGCAUAGCUCGUGCGGAAAGCUCAACAAUUACAGUAAACAUCAGUAAACUGCCUGUUAAGCCCGAAAAGUUUUAAACGGCCUUCCCAGUUGUUUUCAAAUAGAACAUAUACAACUUGUUUGUUCUAUGAACUGUGAACUUGCAUUAAAUCUGUAUUCUAGGCCAGUUAACCAGAAUAACGUUGAAAAGUAUAUUUACAGUGACGUUCAUGUUUCAGUGAACUGAUGAAUCAAGACAGAAACAUCUGUGGGAACAAAGCGUUGACUUGGUUUCUUGCUGGAUGUUGGAAGUGAGAAAUGGCAACGUUGUCCCGGGAUCUUUAUUUUAUUUUUUUUUUACAAUUCCUUCUCUUUGGAACCGCGGGGCGGCAGCAUCAACAUUCACCAUCUGGUGGGGUAAAAGGCUUUGGAACAAACGGACAAACUAAACAAGGAACGCCACGAAGUCGAGGCUUUCUUUGUGUACAGUGACCAGUGCUCAUCGUCUGUUUGGAGGACAAAACCUGUUAUUGUUCUUUCUUAUUUUCCCCAUUUCUUUUCCGUUUAAUCUUCUGUCAAAACCAAACAUGCUGCUUCUCUCGUGUAUGCUGUACAUGUGACUCUUGAAGAAGAGGAAACUGAUGGACAAAAUACAAACAAAUCCCAGCUCUGCUAACUCCUUGCUCCCAGGUGGGCAUGACAGAAAGCGCAUCCACACGACGUCAUCGUUCACCGCUGCUUCUUCUUCUUUUGAUUUCUUUUUUUUUUUGUAUUUUUUUUUAAUGAGCCUCCUCUAUAAUCAUCUGUAUCAUUGUACAAGAUGCUCGAAAGUGACAAAAGCCUUUUGCAAUUACAGAAUUGUACAUUAAUGUGGUUGAUGAAUUGGCCCCUGGUAUCGCUGUAUGUGUGUUUGAUUAACAAAGUAGACACUUUGGUGUUUGGCCUCCAUUUUCUAGAUGACGUCUCUGUGGGCGAAGCUUCCAGAGCAUGGAGCCAUUUUGGAUAUUGAUGCCAUGGUGUGUUAUCCAAGUGUGUUCGUUACUUGCACAACACGCAACACAAAGAAUCAAAUGCCCCCAAAGCAACUGCAGGUUGACACAUUCAUGCAUACGUGUUUGAUUUAAAGAAACUUUCAAACCGCCCCAAGUUUUCAUUUUGAAGACAGCGCUUUGGUAAAGUGAGGAUUCUGUGAAAGUUCAUUGUGGAUGUGCACAAAAACCAGAGCAAUGGACAUAACUGUGUGUGAUCUUAUUUCCAAAAGAGCCUUAUUGUUAUUGUAACAUGGUGAAAACAUGAAAUAAUGUUGUAUUAUGAUGACCUAUACUGCAUUACAUAGACUUUAACUUUCCGGGGUUUUUUUUUUUAGUUGGUUGUUUUUUUGUUUUUUU